AUGUCUGGAGGAAAGUCUGGAGGAAAGUCUGCUGCUGGCGCCAAGUCCCAAACCCGCUCUGCUAAGGCAGGUCUUCAAUUCCCUGUUGGCCGUAUUCAUCGUCUCUUGCGUCGUGGCAACUAUGCCCAACGUGUUGGUGCUGGUGCUCCUGUUUACCUUGCUGCCGUCCUUGAAUACUUGACCGCUGAAAUUCUCGAAUUGGCUGGUAACGCUGCUCGUGAUAACAAGAAGUCUCGUAUCAUUCCCCGUCACUUGCAAUUGGCCAUCCGCAACGAUGAAGAAUUGAACAAGCUCCUUGGUCACGUUACCAUUGCCCAAGGUGGUGUCCUUCCCAACAUUCACAGCAGUCUCUUGCCUACCAAGACCAAGAAGGCUGGUGCUUCCCAAGAACUCUAA